GUCCUAUGCCUUGCCUAGCCUAGACGCAGCCCUUCGUCCCCCCCGUCUCACCACGAAAUAAGACUCGACUGACUCUUCUCAGUCACUUCACAUCUAAUCACAGCGUAGGAUUUCCUCCAAGCUCUUGUCCUUUUCUGCUUUGGUCCAAUACACUGUAGAAACAGCACCUAAUCCUAGUCCUUAUAUGUCCCCAGAUCACUCUCUCCAGUUCAAAAUAUCCUUCCAUCAGCAAAGAGAGAGACAGAGACACAGAGGCAUGGAUUUUCAUCUUAACUGGACUUACUUAAUCCAAGAAAAGGGUAUGGAUGAGAUGAGGCAAUCUUUACUGCUGACUAUGGAACUGGAAGACACAAGACUAAAGGCACAAGAAGAGAUCAAAGCAAGAGAUUGUCAAAUAGCCCAACUAAAAGAUAUGCUUAGUAAAGCCAUCAAAGAAAGGGAUGAAGCACAAAAUAAGUGCCAAAAUAUGUUGUUUGAGAAGCUUUUGCUUCAACAACAAUCAGCUCCACAUUCUGGGAUUUCAAGCAUUGAAGAUGAUCACCCCAGAAGAGGAAUUGACUCCAACAAUGGUUUUUCUUCAUCAGAUUGUGAAGAGAGUAUUGUUUCAUCACCACUCCAAUUGCCACCACAGCUUCCGGCAGAACCCGAACUGGAGUUACCAAUAGUGAUUGAUAGGCCAUUGCCGGAAAAAGGCAAGCUUUUGCAAGCAGUAAUGAAAUCAGGGCCACUCCUACGGAACCUUCUCCUAGCUGGUCCUCUUCCGCAGUGGCGCCACCCUCCACCACCACUUGACACCUAUCAGAUUCCACCGCCACCUGUAAUAGUUCCACCACAACCUCUAGCACCACCAGCAAUGCCCACUCAUUUCAUCAAUGAAGACUCAUUGCACAACAUCAUACCGACCAGCAACGACGUUAACAAGAUAAACAAGAAAAGAACACUGUCUGAUCAGAGCUCUGAUUCAUAUAUUGACUUGAAGUACCAAAAGGUUUUCCUCCAAUGACCACUAAGAAACAUGGUUAUAUUUAGUACUCCUAUCAUUUUUACUAGUAUAUGAGAAUGAUAUUGCAAUCGCACUAUGCAACUGAUUUUGCAUUUGUACAGUAGUUGGAAUUAGGAGGUGAAGAUCCAAAAUUGACAAUGUGAGACUUGUUCUAUGCUUUUUUCGCCAAAAUUGCAGUUUCUCUUUCUUCGAA